AUGCAGUCGAACCCUUACUACCCGUACAAUGGAACUAAGGACUGGAACAACCCAAACUACCAAUGCAUAUACAGGAGAGAUUCCGUCCCCAACAACACUUCACCAAUGCUGGGAUCCCCGCAAAGACAACAGCAACAAUAUCAUUACAACACAAGCCCGAACAAGAAUAACCAUGCGCCACAGUAUAACAAGUAUAAUAAUGGAUCGUAUUACAAUUAUUACAAGAAUUUCCCUCCAUCUUUCAACUCGAGAAGAAAUAGCAUAAAUAAAAAUGUAUCACCAACAAAAAUGAAAUUUAACUCAUCAUCGUCUUCUCCCUCAUCACCUACUAAAUCAAUGGCAAACUCAGUGGCAAAUUUUAUCCACAUUGUUGAAAUAAAUAAUUUUAAUCAAGUACCAAAGGACACUAUUUCAAAUUAUCAAAAUCAUAAUAUAAAGGAAAGAUAUUUCACAAAACAAAAUAAUAUCACUAAUAACACUGAAAAAUUGAAACCAAUAAUAAAUGUAGUUCCGAAAAGCAAUAGUAAGAUUGUCAUAUAUAAAUUGACAAGUAAUAAUCAUAACAAUAAUAAUAACAAAUCAAAUGCAUUGGGAAAUCCGAAAACGAAAAAAAUGAAUUCAAUUAUUAAGCAACAUCUGAACUCAUUCAAUAUUGAUGAUACUAAUACAAAGGAUUUAAAAUUAAUUAAUAAAAAAUUGGAAUCAUUAAAGCUGCAAUCUCCAUCACAAAAGAAAUCACAUAGAUCUUUAAUGAAUUUAACUCAUCAACCAGCAACAAUGGAAAAUAGUUUCGAGUUAAGUUUCGACGGUAAGGCAUUAGAUAAGAGUGAUAUUUUAAGAAUCGUAGAUUCAUUCACAAUGGCAUUCUCAGAUGAAGAAAUUGAUACUAAUGAGAACGAAAACAAUAAUAUUCUUCCGGCUGAUCUUUUAAAUAUGGAUCAUCAUUAUUAA